CGAAUUUUUUUUAUUCUAAACCUCUAUUUACACAGCAUAUGAAAAAGUAGGUAGAAAUGGAAAUGAAAAAAAACCAAAAUAUUUUUGUGCUCACAAUUUUGAGUGGUCAUCAAUAUCUUAAAAAAUUAAAAAAUAAUGUCUCAACUAGAACAACAACAACAACAACAAUGUCCAGAUUGUCAAUCACAAGAUAUUAUCAUUGAAGAUUUCAUUUCAGUUUGUACAAAUUGUGGUAACGUUGUAAAUGAUGAACCAAAUUUGGUGUUUCAACCACAAACAACGAAAGAUGGGGAAAAAAUUUCGUAUUCACAACAACAACAAUAUCAUCAACAAAAUAUUAUCAAAUUAUCGGACCAAAAACGAACUACCGCUCCAGUAUUAUAUGGCAUUAAACUUAUAUCUACAUUAUCGAAAAAUCUAAAUAUCUCUAAAUCGAUUCGAGAAAUGGCCAUAACUUUAUUUCGUGAUGUUUGCAAAGAAAAUGAAUUUAAAAAUCGUUCAACAAACUUCAAACAAAGUUUAGCUUUAUGUUGUCUAUAUGUGAUCUGUAAUCAGGAAUGUAAUCACAUUACAUUGAACGAAUUUUUCAAAAAUUCUGAUAGUGUUUUCAAACAUGUUGGUAAAAUUUUAUUAAGUUUACAGAAAAAACGUCCAGAACUUUUUGAAAAAAGUGCCAAAAAAAUCGAAUCACUAAUACCAUUAUACCUGUUUAAACAUGAUUUUGCCGAUAAAGAAAAAAUGGCCAUUUCGGAUUAUGCAACCGGAUUAGUAUGGAUGUGGCAAGAAGCUUGCCUAAUUCAAGGAUUUAAUCCUAUCACUAUAAUUUAUGUUGCAUUGUUCUAUGCAUGGAAAGCAGUGGAUCAAAAACGGUCAUCGAUUACGGUUAAUAAAUUUUGUGAUCAAUUCAAUAUAUCGAACCGAAUAGUAUUGGAUAAAAAGGUACGAUUCUUUUUUAAAGUAUUAAAAGAUUUUGCCAACUGCUGUCCAUUGCUUACCAAUAGUGAAGAAUUGACCAAAAAUACUAUUUCAUUACGUAUUGAAAAAAUUGUUUACAUGAAACGAUCGAUCAUUGCUGAAUAUAAUCAACUCAAUACCAAUGGUAAUCAUCAACAGGUUAAUGAACAAAAAAAUAAUGAAAUAAUAUCGAACAACAAUAAACCAAUAACAUUUGAAGAAAUAGAAGAUCAAGAUUUCUCCGAUGAAGAGAUUAAUUCCUAUAUUCGUUCCGAUCAUGAAGUGGAAGAGAUUCGUAAAUUAUCUAGUAAUUGAAUCAUUUGUAAUUUUGAUAUUUACAUUCUAUUCUAAAUAUCCUUAUUUUUUCUGAAUUAUUAAUAUAAAUAAAAUACCAGAUUUUCUUUGA